GACAGGGAAUAUUCACAAUAUAUUCAAAUCUAUACAGAUGCAUCUAAAAUGAUAAAUAAUAAAGUUGGUGUAGCUUUUGUAAUACCAGAUUUAAAUAUUAUGAAAAAUAAAAGAAUACCUGAUAAACUAACAGUAUAUACAGGAGAAUUAGUGGCAAUCUGUAUGGCUUUAGAGUGGGUCGAAGACAGUGGAGGAAAAAAGGUCAUUAUUUGCUCAGAUUCAAGUAGCGCAAUAAUAAGUAUUCAGGAGGCACAAUCAAACUCAAGGCAAGAUAUUAUAUUAGAAAUAACUCAAUUAAUUUUCAGGAUUAAAAGUAAUGGGUCUGAUGUCAAAUUAUUAUGGAUUCCAGCUCACAUUGGGAUUGUAGGAAAUGAAUUGGCGGACAAAUUUGCUAAGAAUGCUGCAAAAAAAACCAACGUGGAUUUAAAUAUUAAAAUAAGUAAAAGUGAGGUCAAGAAUAUAAUAAAACUAUAUUGUAAAAAUAAAUGGCAAGAGCAAUGGGAUAGAGAAAGUAGUGCUAGGUAUUAUUAUAGCAUCCAGAAAACAGUUGGGGACUCAAGGAAAGGUAAUAGAAUAAAGAAAGAAGAAGAUAUAAUAUCGAGGAUGAGAUUUGGGCACACGGGAUUAAACAGCACACUGAAAAUAAUUAACAAACAUGAUACAGGUUGUUGUAAUCACUGUGGACAAACAGAAACAAUAGAACACAUUUUCAUGGAAUGCAAUAAAUAUACACACGAAAGAGAAAUGUUAAAAAGAGAAUUAAAUACAACUAAAUUAGAGAUAAAGGAAUUGCUGCAAAGAUCGUCUGGGGAUAUAAGUUUUAACAGCAUCUUUAGGUUUUUGAGAAGAACAGGGAAUUUGGAAAGGAUUUAGUUUUUUUUUUUUUUUAAGAAUCUUGUCCAUACUCCAAUCCAGAAGGUGGCGGUAAUGCACCUUAAGCUGUUUGCCAACCGCCAUAAAAAGACAAGAAGAAGAAGAAGAAGAAGAAGAAGAAGAAGAAGAAGAAGAAGAAGCCUCCUACCACCUGCUGCUUUCCGACAAGAUGGCUGUCGUUCCUGAGUGCAGAAUCCUCACGUUCAGCGUUUUUAAAUGGAGCUCGUACUCCUCUACGUAUUUACCUGAGAACAUCUUGGUGGACAAACCUAACGACCAGUCUUCUAGGUGGUCUUCUGAGAGCAACUACCCUCCACAGUUUUUAAUCUUGAAAUUGGAAAGGCCAGCGGUCGUUCAAAGCAUCACCUUUGGGAAAUAUGAGAAGACUCACGUGUGCAACCUCAAGAAGUUCAAAGUGUUUGGUGGGAUGAGUGAGGAGAACAUGACGGAUCUCCUCUCCAGUGGCCUUAAGAACGACUACAACAAGGAGACGUUUACAUUAAAGCACAAGAUUGACGAACAGAUGUUCCCCUGCAGAUUUGUGAAAAUAGUGCCUCUGAUGUCUUGGGGUCCAAGUUUUAACUUCAGCAUCUGGUACGUUGAACUGCAUGGAAUCGAAGACCCUGAAGUGGUGCAGCCCUGCCUUAACUGGUACAGCAAGAGACUGUUUACCUGUUCGGGGGAUGGGAUGGUACACAGGAUCUGGCAGACUUCUGGGCUUAUAGUGUUCAGGAGAACCAGUGGGCCUGCAUCUCCAGAGACACUGAAAAAGAGAAUGGUCCAAGUGCUCGUUCAUGCCACAAGAUGUGCAUCGACUCACAGCGGCGUCAGAUCUACACUCUGGGCCGAUACCUGGACUCCAGCGUCAGGAACAGCAAGUCUUUGAAGAGUGACUUUUACCGUUAUGACAUUGACGCCAACACCUGGACCCUUCUGAGCGAAGACACGUCAGCUGAUGGGGGGCCGAAGCUGGUGUUUGACCAUCAGAUGUGUAUGGACUCAGAAAAGCAUAUGAUCUACACGUUUGGCGGGCGCAUCCUAACAUGUAAUGGCAGUGUGGAGGACAGCCGGACAUCUGAGCCACAGUUCAGCGGCCUCUAUGCAUACCAUUGUCAAGAAGGGACAUGGAGCCUCCUGCGGGAGGACUCGUGUAACGCUGGGCCAGAGGACAUUCAAUCCCGCAUUGGUCACUGCAUGCUUUUCCACAGUAGAAAUCGCUGUCUGUAUGUAUUUGGAGGUCAAAGGUCGAAGACGUACCUCAAUGACUUUUUCAGUUACGAUGUGGAUGGAGAUCAUGUCGAGAUCAUAUCUGAUGGUACAAAAAAGGACUCAGGGAUGGUUCCAAUGACAGGUUUCACCCAGAGAGCCACUAUUGACCCUGACCUCAACGAGAUUCAUGUCCUUUCUGGUCUCAGCAAAGACAAAGACAAGCGAGAGGAGAAUGUGCGCAACUCCUUCUGGAUCUACGACAUAGCUCGCAACAACUGGUCGUGUGUGUACAAGAAUGAUCAGGCUGUGAAGGAAAACACCAGUAAAACUGUGCAGGAAGAGGAGCCGUGUCCACGCUUUGCACACCAGCUGGUCUACGAUGAGAUGCACAAAGUGCAUUACCUGUUCGGUGGAAACCCUGGGAAGUCAUGUUCUCCUAAGAUGCGCUUGGAUGACUUCUGGUCCCUCAAACUGUGUCGACCCUCCAAGGAAUACCUGCUUCGCCACUGCAGAUACCUCAUCAGAAAAUACAGGUUUGAAGAGAAAGCUCAAUCAGAGCCACUAAAUGCACUGAAGUACCUGCAGAACGACCUGUCGCUCACUGUGGACCACACAGAUCCUGAUGAGACUAAAGAGUUCCAGAUGCUGCCAUCGGCACUCUUUAAGUCCAGUUCUGACUUCAUCCCUCUAGGUUUCUCUGACGUUGAUCAGACAUACGCUCAGCGAACGCAGCUCUUUGACACGCUCGUCAACUUCUUUCCAGACAGCAUGACCCCCCCCAAGGGCAACCUGGUCGACCUCAUCACUCUCUAGCAGCCGCUGACCGGCUGAACGUGCACUUGUGAGACAGAGACCAGUUAUUUCUGACAUCAACGAUCUCAACAAGUGGUGAUUUUGUGCCCCCUUCACCACACUGACCUUCACUGGCUGAGGGAAUCAAACCCACACACACACACGUGGAUAUGAGUGAGACUCUGCCGGUCUGGUGUGCACGUGCAAACUGCUAAAACUGGAUCGUCUUUUCUGUCUUUAUUUUCCACCCAUAAAACAGCAAAAACACCAAAAGAAGAACAAAGAGAAAAUGUUUUUUGUGAAUUGCUCUUUUUUUUUUACACACUAACAAAAUGACUUAAAUCAUAAUUGAUUAUUAAUUCAUGUGUUGGUGCUUCAGUGUUCAGGUUGGAGCUAAAUAUUCAGAAAACUGAGUUCAUGAGGACAUCACACUUUCCCAAAGUGUUCUCAUUCCCUAAAGCUCAACGUUUCCCACAUUUUACAUGAGCUCUUAAUAAUCACGAUGGCCGUGAAAAGUUAACAAAAUGAGGAAUUUCAGAGCAUUGCCAUGAGAUCUAUGCUGUAUAUUAAGGUUCAUUUUUUCUGCAUAAGUUGGACUAGUUCUAACAAUGGACUGAAGUUGA